AUUCAAUACGCCCGAGACCACCACAUCCCGUUUCUUGCGCAGUCGGGGGGUCAUGCUUUGGCUGGAUCUGUGGUCGUUGGAGAUGAGGACCUCCUUCAAAUCAACCUGCGGCAGCUCAACGAAGUCCGAUUCGACUCGACUGGGACUUUUGCUACGGUUGGGGGCGGUGUGCUGAUGGAUGAGUUCAUUAAUGCGACGCAUCGGAAUGGACGAGUAACCACGGUGGGAUCUUCCCCGUGUACUGGCGUGAUGGGGGUGACUCUGGGAGGAGGGCUGGGUCGACUUCAGGGACUGUACGGAUACAUGAUUGACAACAUCGUCCAAAUGACGGUCGUCCUGUAUGAUGGAAGUAUUCGAACGGUGUCUCCCCACGAGAACCGCGAUCUCUGGUGGGGGAUGCGUGGAGCCGGGCAGCAGUUCGGAGUGGUCACGGAGGCGAUGAUCCGCACGUACCCGCAACAGAACGAUGGGAUGCAUUUUGUGGCCGACCUGGAGUUUGAGAGCACCGCCGCCGCGCAGAUCUUCGCCGCCGUGAAUCGCAUGGCGAGCCCGGCGCUGCCCAGUCAUUUGGCCAUCACCAUCGUCUCCCACUAUCAGGGUGAUGGGGAGCCGUCCCUCCUGCUCGUAAACUUCGUAUGGUCCGGCCCCCGCGAGACGUCCCUGGAGUAUCUGCGCAUCUUCCAGGAGCUGGACCCCGUUUCCUGCCGCGAGAGCUCAGUCCCUUGGGACGUCCUUCCGUGGGUGACGUAUCGGGCGCUGAACCGAUUGAUCUGCGACAACCCGGGGGGCCAGAAGAAUAGCUACUCGGCGAGUGUGGCCGUCUACGAUCCUGAGGCCAUGGCAGCGCUGGUCCACGACUGGGAGGCUCGGAAUAGAAACCCAAAGUCUCGAGGUCGGGUGAGGUUCUCCCUGAUGAUGCAGACUUUUGGCAACACGUCUACGUCUACGUCUCGUAGGGCAGUGGAAGAGGAGGAUGCGUUUCCGUGGAGGAACAGGUUGAAUCAUCUUGUCUCUCUUCAAGCACAGUACACGGAUGAGUCGUGGCGCGCCGAAGUGGACGAUUUGCUCCGGGCCAAGCGAGACCUUCUGGUCGGGGACGGAAGACUGCAGCAAUAUGUGAAUCUGGGGCAUGGAGUCGGCGACCCGGUCAAGGCCCUGUAUGGCUACGAGGGCACCCGACUGCGCCGGCUGAGGGCCCUCAAGGCCCGGUACGAUCCUGAGGGGUGGUUCGAUCUGUACCAACCUCUGCGCCGGUCAGGAGCUCGGCGCGGCCAUAGUCUGGGUUGGGGGCAAGAAGGGAUGAUCAUGCAUGAUCAGCAGGUGGGAGAUGGAUCGAGUCAUAAUGAGCUUUAG